AUGGCGGGCAUAUAUAAUGGGCCCGCACGUGGUGGCACCAGGGGGGGCAAGGACCAGUUCAACUGGGAGAGUGUGAGAGCGGACCAGGACAGGGAAUAUUACCUCGGGCACAGCGUGAAGGCCCUGACCGGCAGGUGGCAGAAGGGCAAGGAUGUAUACUGGUACACCCGCGAGAAGGAGGGGGAUGCCCAGGCGGCACGCGAAAAGGAGCUGGCCAUGGUGAAGCAGCGGGAGGAGGACCUCAUGAUGGAGGCGCUGGGCAUGAAGCCGCGGCCGCCAAAGCCGGUGACACAGCCCAAGCUGGAUGGUGCGGACAUGCAGAAGAUACUGCAUGGGGCCGGCGACGCUGCCGAGGAGGAGGACCCGGGCGCAGAGGAUCGGGUGAAGGGGCUGGGCUUCAAUGCCUCCCGCCUCACCGGCGCAGUUCAGGAUGGGGAGAUGGUGGAGCGCCUCGCAGGCGUGGGGACCUCCCAGUCUGUCGCGGGAACGCGCCAGCAGCCGGCGUCGACGCGGGGUGGGCCAGGGGUUGCCCAGGCCGAGGAGUCUGCGCCGCCCAGGGCAGACAUCCGGAAGCAGGAUAGGAGGGAGGAGAAGAAGGUGCAGAGCUAG